UAUUUACUGGAACUCUGUAAAAUGCAUGUUCUUGGAUACCUAGCUUGAAUCAGUCAGUGUUUAGGAGUUUUAGGUAGUUAUUAAGCUAUUUUAUAUAUUGCAGAGCAACAAUUAUUUAAUGCAAAAGAAUAUUCAUGGUUACCUGGACCUAGCAGAACAUUAAUCAAGCAUGGAGAUUCUGUGGUCUCCAAACCACGAGGACAAGUUCCUCACAUUUAGUUCUGAGUUGAGCCUAUAUAAAGUGGAACCAUGGAAAGAAGACACACAGCAGACUCAAAGGUUAUCACCAAACACUGCUGCUACUCUAUUAGCGGUGAACUCAGAUCAACAAUAUUUAAAAUGUGUGGCUUGGUACCCUCAGUCAGAGCCAGAUCAUUUAAUCGCAGUUGGACAAGCUAAUGGCCGGGUGGUCCUCACAAGCUUGUGCCAGGGAAGUAAAGAUCCGAGAGAGCUGACUGGAAAAGAGUUUAUACCACGUCAUGCACGGCAGUGCAACAUGCUUGCUUGGGACCCAUGCCAUACAAAUCUGCUGGCAGCUGGCAUGGAGAAAUAUCGAGCGGAUCACUGCAUUCUGGUGUGGGAUGUACUUGCCACACCCUUCGUGGAUCUGAUGGCAACUCCGGAGAGACGCGGCCACAUACUCGGCAACAGCGCUGAUACGUCAUCAGGAAUGGUUAGCAAGCCCAUGCACGAGUUGGGUCUAUCGGAGACAGUGUUGUCUCUGAGUUGGUUCAAACAUGAUCCUAAAACGCUGCUUGCUGGAAUGAACAACAAACAUAUCCGAAUCUUUGAUCUGAGAGACACAGGGAGAGCGCACAUGAAUACAACGCUCACCAAGGCUGUCUACGGAGUUGCUGUUGAUCCAUAUAACUGCUUCCGCAUUGCUUCCUACGUUGAUACUCAAGUUGCAAUAUGGGACACUCGGAACUUUGACAAACCAGUUCUUUCAUUGACGGAGAAUAGGUCAAUCACUAGAAUGUCUUGGAGUCCUACAAGGAUGGGACUUCUUGCCACCAUUUCCAAAGACAGCUCGGUAGUUAAACUCUAUGACAUACAGCAUGUUACGAUAGGAGAUGAGGUAGAACCAGCAAUUGUCGAAAGACUUGUACAACCAUAUGGUCAGCACGCAGUUGCAUCAUUUGCUUGGCAUCCAACUCACGAAAACAGGCUGCUAUCUGCCACACCAUCUGGCACCAUUAAAGACACGGUUGUCUUUGAACGGAUCACUCUGAAUUGGUCGCCAUAUUCCAACAUCGUCUGGGCUUGUGGACGCAAGCUGCUCCAGUAUGACGAAGAGUCAGAGGAACAUGUCAGAGAUGACAUUUCGACAAAAAUGAAACAACGAGCGCUCAGUGGCUACGGACUAAAGGUAGAGCAGGUGUGGGAGAAUGGCCUUCUGUGUGGUGAUGAUGCUGGAUUGAAAAAUGUGUGGUCAUGGCUUGAUCUAGCCAAGAGUCUGAAGGAGGAGGGCAAGCAGAGGAUAAACUCGCGCUUUGCGAACUACAAGCUGCAGGGCGUCCUGGCGAUCCUGAAGGGAGAGCUGAUGCCAUCAGGCUUUUCCACCAAGAGCGAUGUGCACAUCGUACCCUGGGUGGGAAUGGAGCGGCAGCAGAGUAUUCAGCAGCAGGUGUACCGGAACGAGUGCAGGGAGAUGGCAUUGAUGCUGUGUGGCUGGGGCUUCGAGAAAGACAAUUCAACAUUCAAUGAUUUCUUAGACAGGCUGCAGAGUGAUGGCUUCUACGAGAGAGCGGCCGCGAUUGCACUUUUUAACCUCAAGAUACGCAAGGCCAUCGAGAUUCUCCACAAGGGCUCGACGCCAAAGGACGGAAAAGCUGGUGAAACGGCAUCCAAUCUUUUAGGAGGCGACAUAAACCUGAACGUGGUUGCCAUGGCGCUGUCGGGUUUCACGGAGGAGAAGAAGACGCUGUGGAGAGAGAUGUGCAGUGAGCUGAGGACUCAGCUGUCUAGCUCCUACUUGCGAGCCAUGUUCGCCUUCCUCACGUGCGACGAUGCCUACGAAGAGGUCCUGAGCGAGACAGGAAUUGCCAUACAGGAUCGCGUGGCCAUAGCGGCAAUGUACUUAUCAGAUGCAAAGAUGAUGGACUAUGUAGAGAAAUUGACAGUGCAGAUGGCAGAUGAUGGAAACUUGGAUGGAAUUCUACUGACAGGCCUCACCAGGGAGGGCUUGGAGCUGCUGCAGAGAUACGUCGAUCUGACGAGUGACGUCCAGUCGACGUGCUUCAUCAUGGCGCACGCGACCCCUGACGUCAUGAAGGACGUGAGUGUGAAGCAGUGGGCCGAAAGUUAUCGUGACCUCCUGGAUGUGUGGCGACUAUGGCAUCAAAGGGCGCUGUUCGACGUACACUGGUUCCAAGGCGACGCCGGCUCGAGGCCGCCGCAGCAGGUCACCGUCUGCUGUAACUUCUGCAGCAAGUCGAUCUCGACGACCGGGCAGGGCAGGGGCCCGCGACGGCCGUACCUACACUACACCGCCAGGACGCCGGCGACAAAGUCGAAAGUGACGUGUUGCCCAGGUUGCAGGAAACCACUGCCACGCUGCGCUCUAUGUCUGAUGAAUAUGGGUACUGCCUCUGGCAUGGGUCCAACGAAGACUGAGAAAAUCCGUCUACAAGUGAUGCCCUCUGGGAAGGAUGGCAAACCAAUCGCAAUUUCCAGCUGGUUCACAUGGUGCCAGACCUGUAGACACGGAGGACAUGCCAAUCACAUCACCGAGUGGUUCCGCGAGCACGCAGACUGUCCUGUUACCGGGUGCAACUGUCGGUGCAUGACACUCGAUACCGUCUCUAAGGCUAGUACAGGCAGCAGCUCCACAAGCCAGCACAGGACCGCAGGCCACAGUGACGACGUAGCCAGCCGCGGUGCUGCCCCCGCUCCAUGACGACCUCCGUUCCGCCCUGUCAUCGACUUAAGAUUUCGUUCGCUCGCUGCAUGGCCCGAAAUAGUAAAUGGAUUGCUCGAGUCUGUGUAGCAACAUCAAGCAUGUGUAUGCAAGCAUCGUGUCGAGUACGGAGUAUGCCACCGACCACAUUAAUCACGUGAUUUCAUAAUUUAUUUAAUAGCAUCCACUUUCGAUUAGGAACUGAAGAGCUUCCAAGCAUGCACACACAUAAUCAGUGUUAUCGAUGUAAUAUCAUGAAUUUUCUGAGCUGUUCUUUGUUUUAUAUCUAUAGUUUAUUAGCCACUGUUGGCAAUUUGUCCCUGCCACUAGUUAUGAUAUAAAUGUUGUAAAAACGAUAGUUGAUUCAGUUAAAAUGGGGAGCAUAUUAAUUGAUGGAAUCCUUUUUCUAGCUCUAGUUUGAGAACAGAACAAGCAGGUAAAGUGUGUUACACAUAUGUGUUUGCAUUAGCUAGAACUUCCUUGUUGACCAUGGAAGAAUACACACAAUUGUGAUGUUUGUGAUAAAUUUUUGGUAAGCUACUAUGUACAUAUAGAUAACUGUAUCAACUGUUAUGAUCUGUUCCACUAGUUAAACAUACUGGAAAUAAAAUAAUAAAAAGAAAAUGCUUUUUUUACGUUAUAUUUUAGACAAUGUACUUGACCAAGUAGACAACAGCAGCAGCAGCAGCAGCAGCAGCAGCAGCAACAACAACAACAGCAGCAGCAGCAGCAUUAUAUUCAGCUUCAAUAAUCGUGUAAAUACAGAUGAUACGUUCUCACAUGCAAUCUGCAAUUACUGCAAUCUGCAAUCUGCAUUACUUGCAAUCUGCAAUUACUGAUUUAUGACAUUGUAAGGGUUGGCAUACAGUUAUUAUCAUACAUAUAAAUAUAGCAUCCAUAUCCUAGAAAUACGAGAGUAAUAAAACAUCUUUAUCCUUAAAAUUGUCAAUGAUUGCCUUGGGAUACACAUAUGCUUCACUUACUACAUAACAUUAGUGUAGGUAUCUUCCUACACAGAAAUGGUGAAAAGUAAAACCAACUUACUCUUGCCAGGAAUGCCUGUAUUUAAACAUUUGCUUAACGGUCAGUUAACUUGAACUAGAUCGAACUGUAAACAUCACUUUAUUUUAUAUAACAGCUUUCAAGGUUCCUAUAUAUAUCAAUACACCAAUAGUGCUGCUAUGACCCAUGUCUGUGAAUUACCGUAAAAAUAAGCAAGCAACGUUUCAGGUUAUCACAGUCAAAACUGCACUUGUGGUGACUGUCUGGAACUGUUUCCCAAAACGCAAUCAUUUAGCGAUCCAAGCAAAUAUAUAGCCCGAUGUGGCACUAAUAAUAGUGCCCACAUUGAUGGGCAAGUUGAAUGGCUGUGUUGUACUGUGC